GGAGGGCGGGGGAGGAGAGGAGACGAGAGGAGAGAGGAUGGAGAGGGAGUGAGACCCGGAUGCUGAUGCGAGUGAGGCGAAGGAAGGAAGAGGGGAGAGAAAAUAUCGAUUUACGGCAAGAAAACCGAAGGGAGUGUAAUAGAAGGGGCCUUUACCCUGCGUGAACUGUCAUCAGGAGCGAGGAGGGGGAUACGGCAGCUGGUUAUAGCGCACCCAUAUCCGCGGAUAUCAGUGUGCGUGUGUGUGUGUGUGUUUUGCACCUGUAUACCCGGCGGUGAGGGGAGGAGGACACGCCAAAGGAGAGAAGAGAAGAUGCUGUGAUCCGCUACUUGCAGGGAUGUAGAGAGGGAGAGACGGGAGAGUCAGGGAGGGGGAGGACGGCGCUACGUUAAAAAAAGAUGCUUGUUUUGCGGGGAAUACGCGUUUCACCUCGAAGUAUUGUGAGAAUGCGGCGGCCGUGUAAUAAAUCGUACCGUUUGGCGAAGCCCAGAAACUUCAGGCGGUGUCGGUUUUUUUGACAGGCGGCGCGAGCGAGACGGCCGUUCGUCAAGGCGUUGAAGCUAAAGCUAGCCUCGCUGCUGUGUGGGAGAGCGGCGGCGAGGCUAAAAUAGCAUGUUGUUGGACCUGUGAAACAGGCCUGGCAGUGAGGGGAAAACAGUGAUUUCAUUUUCAGUGCAAGCAUACACUUGACGUAUUGGACGUUUUGUCCGUUUACUUAACUAAAAAUAAUAUUAAGCGUAGGAAAAAUACAUGAAUAUUUUAAGGCAGACGUGAAAACCUGCUCGUUUUAAGGCUAUAUAAGGGUAACGUUUCUCAUUAACAGUCAUAUAUCGUUAACGUCAUACGUAUAACAAGGUGUGAGUUAUAGAAAUAAGCUAAUGUACAUAAAUAAGACUCGUUAGUUUGCCUACUUUAGAGUAGUGGUUGGUAUUUAACACAGAAAACACCCUAAAAACUUAAUGCCAUGUCAGUUCCCCCCGCUUUAUUCUACAUAUAGCAAGAUGUUUUGUAAAAAAAAAAAAUAAUUAAAAAAAUUAACAUUAUGUUUACCGUGUUGUCUCGGUUUAGAUGAAAAACGUCCACCCAGGUGUUGUAAAUCAGCAGCAGUUUUCACUUCUAUGGUUUUUUGUUUUUUUCACGUUCAUGAAGUGACUUCAAAGAAAGUCCGUGUUACCGCUGACAUAAAAAGACAGUCGUUCUAAUUUGAGCAUCGUCUUGUCUCCCACAGUAACUUCUGUGUAAGCUGUACAAUAUCACAGUAAUUGCAAUAACUACAGUGCAGUAAGUAGUAAUAAUUGUGUGUUAGCCUCCAGUUAAGAGCAGUAUGAGUAAGGAACUGUCUCUAAGUCAGUCAGCUCAAUAUGUUGGGCCCUAUCGACUGGAAAAGACUCUGGGGAAGGGACAGACAGGACUUGUCAAACUGGGGAUCCACUGUAUUACGGGUCAGAAGGUAGCCAUCAAAAUAGUCAACAGAGAGAAGCUGUCUGAGUCAGUCCUGAUGAAGGUUGAAAGGGAGAUUGCCAUUCUGAAACUGAUUGAGCAUCCGCAUGUAUUGAAGCUGCAUGAUGUUUACGAGAAUAACAAAUAUCUGUACCUGGUGUUAGAGCAUGUGUCAGGAGGAGAGCUUUUUGACUACCUGGUAAAGAAGGGCCGGCUAACUCCAAAAGAGGCCAGGAAGUUCUUCAGGCAGAUCAUCUCUGCUUUGGAUUUCUGCCACAGUCAUUCCAUCUGUCACAGAGACCUGAAACCUGAGAACUUGCUCCUGGAUGAAAAGAACAACAUUCGUAUUGCUGACUUUGGCAUGGCCUCCCUGCAGGUGGGAGACAGUCUGUUAGAAACCAGCUGUGGAUCACCACAUUACGCUUGCCCUGAGGUUAUACGGGGGGAGAAGUAUGAUGGGCGGAGAGCAGAUGUGUGGAGCUGUGGGGUCAUUCUGUUUGCCCUACUGGUGGGGGCCCUUCCUUUUGACCACGACAAUUUACGCCAGCUCCUGGAAAAGGUAAAGAGCGGGGUGUUCCACAUGCCUCACUUCAUCCCCCCGGACUGUCAGUCCCUGCUGAAGGGAAUGAUUGAGGUCAACCCUGAAAAGAGGCUCACGCUAGAGGCCAUCCAGAAACAUUCCUGGUAUCUGGGUGGUCGUAACGAGCCGUGUCCUGAGCAGCCUCCUCCAAGGCGGGUUUGUGUGAGGCGAAUCUUGUCCCUGACUGAGCUGGACCCAGAUGUGCUGGACAGCAUGCACUCGCUCGGUUGUUUCCGAGACAGAGUCAAGCUCACACGUGACUUGCAGUGUGAGGAAGAAAACCAGGAGAAAAUGAUCUAUUACCUUCUGCUAGACAGGAAAGAGCGGUACCCCAGCUAUGAGGAUGAGGACUUACCUCCGCGCAAUGAUGUAGCAGACCCUCCUCGAAAGCGCGUCGACUCCCCUAUGCUGACGCGCCACGGCCGUUGCCGUCCCGAAAGGAAGAGCCUGGAGGUCCUGAGUGUCACCGAACAAGGGUCUCCUACACCACCUCGCAGGGCCCUGGACACAGCUGCACACAGCCAGAGGUCUCGCUCAGUCAGUGGAGCGUCAACCGGUCUCUCCUCCAGCCCUCUCAGUAGUCCCAGGGUCACUCCCCAGGGCUCUCCGUUGCCCACACCCUUGGGCACCCCUGUUCACCACCCUCACCACCCCUCCUCCACCCCGCCCUCCUCUUCCUCGUCCUCAUCCUCCUCGCGGGCGGAGGGAGGGGGAGGGGUGGGCUCACUGUCGCUGACCCCACCCUCCAGUCCAGGAGGGGGGAGCGGCAUGGCAGCCAGCAGCUCUGCCCAUUGGAGGACUCGCCUCAAUUCUUUCAAGAACAACCUCCUGGGCUCACCAAGAUUCCAUCGGCGUAAAUUGCAAGUUCCUACAUCAGAGGAUAUGUCCAGCCUAACGCCAGAAUCCAGCCCUGAGCUAGCUAAGAAAUCGUGGUUUGGGAAUUUCAUCGGCUUGGAGAAAGAGGAGCAGAUCUUCGUGGUGAUCAGAGACAAACCGCUGAGCUCUGUUAAAGCUGACAUUGUCCACGCCUUCCUGUCUAUCCCAUCCCUCAGUCACAGCGUCCUCUCACAGACCAGCUUCCGAGCCGAAUACAAAUCCUCCGGCGGUCCCUCCGUCUUCCAGAAGCCCGUCAAGUUCCAGGUGGACAUUGCCUUUUCCGAGGGCGAGAGGGAGCGGGACAGGGAGAGAAACGAGAGGGAGGGCAGGAGGGAGACAGGAAUUUACAGCGUGACAUUCACCCUCAUAUCAGGUCCGAGUCGCAGGUUCAGACGGGUGGUGGAAACGAUUCAAGCGCAGCUUCUCAGCUCCCAUGAUCACCCACUGGUGUCAGCCCUAUCUGAUCCCUUCCCAGAUGAGAAGAACAGUCGGCCCCACGGGACCCCCACCCGCCAAAACUCGAGGCGCUCCGAGGGUGGGGGCGACAGGUGCGAGUGGGGUGACCGAGCAGAUGGCGGAGGCAUAGGAGGCAGCGGGGGAGUUCUGCAGCGCAGAGGCUCCGCCAAAGAGAGAACCCGACUGCUGUCCUCCAACGGAACCCAAUCCCAACCGUAGGAUAGAAAGUUAGACUGCGCAGCAGGAUGCCUGAACUACACCAGAAAGAAGACAGUGUAAUUUCAUCUCCAAGUAUCCCUGCAAGCCAUGAGCUACUCCUAUUCUUCCUUGUCUAAGUUACUGAAGGUGCUUGACCACAGAGCAAGGAUUGAGCCUUUUUCCUCCCCAUCAUGCACAUUUUUUCCAACUCGAGAUUCUACCGAUCUUAUGAUUACCAGGAUUCCUACCCUUAAAUGAGAAACAAGUGUUAACAAACCGCCCUUUAAUGAAAAAAAAUAAUAACAAUACGUGAAUGAGCAGUUUGGUAUAUAUCAUAGGUACAGCUUCACAGAUCAAACUAGGAAUUUUGAAGUGCUAAUGUGCAUGCCAGUUAGCGAAUCAGCCUGUUCAAGGAUGCUGAUAUGAUCAGAUAGGCUAGUCUACCAUAUCAUCGUAUUACAGUAUCCAACACCAAAAAAAAGGAAAAAAAUAAAUAAUAGUCUUGUGAUGGUUCUCGAGAUUACUCCUAAAAUGAAUCAGUGCGCUCAUAUCACUAUCAAGCAACAUCUAAACCCGCCCACUAAAAAGAAAUAUGAAUGCAUCUCAGCAGAAGAAUCCUAAAGAGUUAGCACCCUGCUGCCGCCCCAGUGAGUGGCGAUGAGCUCAGUGAAGGUCCUGUUUUUCUCCAGCAGUGUCUCCUCCUAAGGUAAAGAAAACCAACAAAGUAAGCUAAGUAAGUGAAUGUGAACAAAAAAAGAUAUUUUUUUAUUUAGUUUUUAUUUAUGUUUACACAUUUCUUUUAAGGAUGUCAGUAGCACAGUGAUCACAGUAAAGACAGCAACUGAGACACUCCACACAGUGUUUGACAGUGGAAGCUGCUUUUCCGACAGGCAUUCAUUCAGAGUUAAGUGUUUCGAUUCUUUUAUAUUUGCUUUUUACUCAGAGACAAUAUGAAACAAUGCUUCUAAGAUUUUUGCAUUGGACCCUCGUUGCUCUGAAGAAAAGUGUUUGAACAGAAAUAUGAACAGUAAUAUAUGAAAGCUUUGUUUUGUCGUCACUAUCCGUGAUUAGCUUCAUGAACCUCAUCACAGCUGUUUGCGCCCAGAUUGAAUGAGAAGAGCAUCACCGGCCUGUGGAUCAAACAGAAACCGCCUUUCUCGUCAAGCUUUGUCUCCUGUUGCCAUAGUAUUCAUAUACUGACUCAUGUCAAAAUAAAGCAAACAAACAAACAAAAAAAGAAGAUACACAGUAAGGAAAUUCAUCAAUGGGACGCAUUCAUGAUGCUGGACUUUAAGAAAGGUGUCAGCUUCUUGUUGAACAGGACUUCCUAACCCCACGCUCGUUAUUUCAGUGUUCACCGACAAGCCAAGUAUCCAUCGCCGCACCCUUGCUCAUCACUAAGAGUCGCCAUUCUGCAAGCAGACGUAGCAACUCAAGGCAGUCACAUAUAUUACUCCAGUACUCUAUCAGACUAGUCGAUGUUCAUCACAGUCUUCCAUACAGUGCAAUAUGCAACAAGAGUGCAGAAGGAUUUCAGAGAGACACACAGUGCUACACUUUAUUAUUUUAAUGUCAUUUUUUCUAAUCUGUCGAUUUUUCUGUCUGUUGUUUAUUUAUUCAUUUAUGGGGGGGUUUUGUCAUGUAUUUGUUUUAUAAACUAGAUUUCAUGCCAACAAAAUGUGUCAAUAACAAACCCAAGAAACCCGUUCCUGUUCCUGUUAUUUACUCUUUUUUUCCGAUAGCAGCAGUUGCUCUCAUCUCACGUCCCCACUGAGCUUUUGUCUGUAUCUUGCGUUUCUGUGACUCACACUGAUCUCUGGUAACUGGUAUCUGUGUGCGAGACGGGUGGGUGGCGACUGAAUGAGAGUGGGCUGAGCACUUUGCAGCGGAUGCGUUUUGAGGUAGUUACGUGUGGAUUUUCCCGACUGACCCAGUGAUUUUGAACUAACCAACACAGCCAAACCCUAACAGGCCUAUGUUUUCUCUGUCACAAACACACAUGAGCACAUCAAAUACUUGCUUGUUGGCUUUAUCUCCUGUGUUAAUGCCUUGUCCGUUUGACCUGUCUGUCCCGCUUCCUCACCUCUGUUUUGUUCCCAUUGUCACAAGAAGAGAAACUGUAUGGAGUUGUUUGCCUCACAGUCCUAAACACACUGAUUGCUCACCUCAUCUUUCACGUCACCUUCAUUUUUCAUUGACCCAACUCUGGCUAAGAUUGUAAACUAUUCUCCAUCCAUAAGGGUCAGUAGAAUAAGGUGUUUAAAAAAAGAAAUGUCUGUAUCAUAAUUUAAAUAUAAAAAGUGCACUAUUAUAACUAUUGCCUGUGAUUAAAAAGAACAAUUAUGAUUGAAUUGAUGGUCAAAAUAAAGAGAGAUCCACCUUAUUGUUAUGGUUACAGUAAUAAACCCUAAAUUCA